AUCUCUACAAGGACGUCAUGAUGGACAAUCAGCAGACCUCGAAUGAUGGAAAAUUAGGAAAAAAUAAACUUUCCUUGAAUGAGAUGACAUUGAACCUCACUCUGGAGAUCAUUAACUUGUUGACUGGAGAGGGCUGUGCUGUAGUUAUGAAGACAAGAAUGAGAGAAAGAAGAGGCCCCAUCGCCACGUCUCCACCAACCUUCCUGGUUCUUAAGAGAAAACGCAAGAAGAAGAUUCUAGAAGUCACCCAGAAGAUCAUUGAGCUACUGACAGGAGAGAGAUGCUUUUAUUCCGAACAUCGGGUUACAGCAGAUGACAGGAUACAACAGAUGAAUAGGUUGUGGUACUGA